AAAUUAAUCAGACACGUCGCUAGUUUAUACGAAUAAAUAUAUAUUAUAUAAAAAUUCCCUCCAAAAACACAUUUUAAUCUUUUCACACACUUUUUCAUGUCCCCUCCAAAAAUCCAAACACAAUCAAAUCCUCCCAAUCCCAUCACCAUUUUCACCACCAUUUCUCUCUCUCUCUGUUCUUUCCAAUUUUUUUUGCCCCAGUCAAAAGAAAGUGAUCUUAAAAAGAUAAUCUCUGUUUAAAGAAUAUAGUGGUGGAGUCGUGGAGAGUGAGUUUGUAUUCCAAUAUGGCUGUUGAUUCUCAGUCUCACCCAUUUUCAUCCCCAUCUGGAUUUCAAAUCAAAGAUGGCGAUGAAAACGGCGAUUGGUCAAGGUUUCAAGAUACUGUUGCAAUUGAUAGCCCCUUGGCUGAAACUUCGUUGGAUAAUCUUGAUUUUGACACUGAGCCUGUGCAAGGUUCUUCGGGUUGGGCAUGUGCGUAUGACGAACAAGUGGUGCUUGAUAGUGAUGAUGAAGAAACAAAUGGAACGAGACCAAAGAAUAUCACCGUUGCUGGUAAAGGGAUUCAAGGAUGUGGAUUGGACUUUCAGCUUAGGAAGCUGGCAAACCAGAAGGUGAUGAAUUCUCAGGCAUAUGCCUGCGAUCAAAGCUGUGAAGGGAAUGGAGUUUCUGCUGAGGAGUUGGAAGAACAAGUCGAUUCGAAAUCAACAGAAAAGCAGUCGAAAGUUAGUGCUGCCCGAACAGCAACUUUUGACAUGUAUGAUAUCGGUUUCGACACUCAAAUGGCUGCUGAAGCUAUUGAAGUCCUAGCAUGUGGCCACACUAUUGGCUGCAGUCCUGCAGAUGCUUAUCAAGGUCAAGAUACCACUGUCAAUAAUUUGGUAAGAGGUGUUACAGAGGAGAGAGACUAUAUAGGAAAAAUUGCAAAAAAUGCAAAGCGUAAAAAACGUUCUGCUAGAAUUAGUAGAGGAUCUUCCAUCCCAGCCAAAGAGCAGUCACAGUUUCUGGAGUUAGGUUCUGAGUUGGCACCAAAAAUGCAAGGGAAGAGGUUCAAAUUGUUUGGUGAGACUCAGUUAUGUUGUAGUAAUUCUGCUAAAGAAAAUGAAAGUUCAGGCAGAAGAUCUCUUAGGCCUAUUAUUAAGCAAAGAAAGGCAGAAGGAGAUUUGAGAAGGAAGAAACUUAGGGUCUUUGGGAAUAAUACGAGUUCAUCAAUACCACUCGGAAAUGGACAGUUCAAAGGACAUUCUGUGAUUGUUUCACCUGGUGCCCACCAAAGUAAACGGUCAGGGUUAAGGGGAAGGUUAAAAAGGAGUGAGGGUCAAUCAGUUAAUCCAGGAGAAAGGAUGAUGGAUAUUCUGGAGAAUGGCAUGCUUGUCUAUAGAAGAAGACGCAGUUGUUUAAUUUCAAGUGCGGGAGAAAAAAUUUGUAAAGUAGAUUACGCCAGUGAGGAAGUUCACAAGAGGAAAUUAACCAAUUUCUCAAACUUGGAAAAUAUAUGGGACUGUACUAGAAGAAAAAGAACGCGCCGCACCAUUCCAAACCAUUCAAGUGGCACUAAUAGCUUGAAUGCCUUGUUCAGAUUAGUUGAUGGAAAAGACAGUAAGUUGCAGUACCAAGAAAGGAUGGGAGGCGACAGUGAUAUGAAGGGCAAAGCAGAGUUGUCAUCAUGUACUAGCCCUUGUGUACCUUGGAAUUCUUCAAAGGAUGGGUCAAACGGAAGCUUUUUAGGCCAGAAUUCUGAUAAACCCAGUUCAGCAGGUUCAACUAUACGUGCAAGAGCCAAGACAAAUAUGAGAGUUUCUCUUCUGGACCCAGCUCUAUAUCAGGUCUCCAUGCGAUCUGACAAAGAUUCUACAUCACCAGCAGAUGGGGUAGAAAGUAAAUGCAUGUCAGUAUCGGUGUCUAACAUGACUCUUGAGCCAUCUGAUUCAGAAUGCGCUACUACAUUUAGCUCUAAAAGUGGGAAAAAUGCGGAAUCAUCCAAUUUUAUGGGUUAUAAUUACCACAAAAAGCCAUGCAACAGGAAUGUACCCAAAUCAUCCCUUUUAAGAGAGCUUAUUAGACUAGGUGUCCCCGAGUCAAUACCUGCACUGUCAUGGAAAGAUGUGAGAAGGAAAAAAGAUUUGGCACAUGUUCGAGUCCUGUUUAGCCAGCAUUUGGAGGAUGAUACCAUCAAGCAGCAGAAAAAGAUUGUGUCGAGACUGGGCAUAUCCAUUGCAUCAAAUUCUAUGAAUGCAACACAUUUCAUAGCCAAUAAAUUUGUGCGCACUAGAAAUAUGCUGGAAGCUAUUGCGCUUGGUAAACCAGUGGUGACACACUUAUGGCUCGAGAGCUGUGCACAAGCAAGCUGUUUUAUUGAUGAGAAAAACUACAUUUUAAGGGAUGCUAAAAAGGAAAAGGAAAUCGGCUUUAGCAUGCCUGUUACCUUGACUCGUGCAAACCAGCAUCCUCUUUUACAGGGUCUAAGAGUCUUUAUCACCCCAAACAUAAAACCUGACAAAGAAACAAUUACUAAUUUGGUCAAGGCAGUUCAUGGUGAGCCAGUGGAGAAAGUUCAGAUAACCGAUCUAAAAGAUAAAGGAAUACCCUAUGAUCUAUUCAUCCUUUCUUGUAUUGAUGAUGAAGCCAUCUGUCUACCUUUUGUUGAAAAAGGAGCAUCAGCUUACAGCUCAGAGCUGCUACUGAAUGGGAUAGUUACUCAAAAACUGGAGUACGAAAGACAUCAGCUCUUUACAAAGGAGGAAAGGAGGUAUUGCUCCUAGCACUCUACCCCCCAUAACCUGAGAGAGAAAGCUACUAAUUAUCUUCCCGUAAACAAAAUGUUAUAGUUUAUAUAUAUAUAUAAUAUAAAACCUUUUGGAUGGAAUUUCCUCUACCGCAUAUUUAUCAUUCGAAGAGGGAAAACAAAAUACAUUUCGUUCACCCCCUAAGAAAAAAAGAAGGUUCACAAUCCAUUUUUUUGUACAUGUACAAUAUUAUCAUGUGUUGCAUCUGAAAGUGACUAUCCUCUUACAAAUUAGACAACUCUGCUCUUCCAGCCCUCAAGUGCAUUAGAAAAGUGUGCAACAGAUUAUAUAAAAUUUGAUUGUUUCAAAAAGUUUAAACAAAAUGGCUUGGAAGCAGUCUCAAAUGAAAAAUAUUAAAAAAAUUAUUAAAAAAAAUCGACAUUUUAGUUAGAAUAAUAUUGAUGUUGUUACAGACCUCGUGUCCUAAAUGCAUAGAUAGUUCCACAAGGAAUAAUCCUUCAAAUAAAGCAAAACGAAAAGAAUGGUUAUACUGAUUAUACUCUUUGUUGUGGACAUAGGAGCCAUUAAAGGCUGAAAUAUUAAUUUAUUUGCUAUAGUAAAUUAACAAUGAACAUUCACAAGUUAUUCCAUAAACAUUAAAAUAAAGAGAAAAAAAAAAA